ACUCUAGUGGACGGUCAACGACAGAAUUACUCCACAUCUUUGUGCUGCGAGUGCCUUGUUGUGAAAUUGUAAAUCGUUUACAAGUUUUCAUUCGUCUCCAGUGUUUGUGACAGUGAUCUGCGAAAAUGUCCCGCAACCCAGCCGAAAACCAGCUCAACCUGUACAAGGAAGCCCAGAAGGUAUGUGUUGAUAAGACGAAGGUCACCACCAGCCAUGGAGCUCCGAUUGGCACGAAGACAGCCUCCCAGACGGUGGGCCCACGUGGUCCGAUUCUGCUGCAGGACGUGCACCUGAUCGACGAGCUAGCCCACUUCGAUCGUGAGCGUAUUCCGGAGCGUGUGGUCCACGCCAAGGGCGCCGGUGCCUUCGGCUACUUCGAGGUGACGCACGACAUCACGCAGUACUGCGCGGCGAAGAUAUUCGAGUCGGUCGGCAAGAAGACGCCACUCGCCGUCCGCUUCUCGACCGUCGGUGGCGAGAGCGGUUCCGCCGAUACGGCCCGCGAUCCGCGCGGGUUCGCCGUUAAGUUCUACACCGACGAGGGCGUGUGGGACCUGGUGGGCAACAACACGCCCAUCUUCUUCAUCCGCGAUCCGGUGCUAUUCCCGAGCUUCAUCCAUACGCAGAAGCGCAACCCGUCGACGCACCUGAAGGAUCCGGACAUGUUCUGGGACUUUAUCUCGCUGCGGCCGGAGACGACGCACCAGGUGAUGUUCCUGUUUGCGGACCGUGGUAUCCCCGACGGCUACCGGUUCAUGAACGGAUAUGGCUCUCACACGUUCAAGCUGGUCAAUGCCCAGGGUCAACCGAUUUACUGCAAGUUCCACUUCAAAACGGACCAGGGCAUCAAGAAUAUGGAUGUGUCGCGUGCGGACGAACUGGCCGGAUCCGAUCCGGACUACAGCAUCCGCGAUCUGUACAAUGCCAUCGCGAAGAAGGACUUCCCCAGCUGGACGCUCAAAAUCCAGGUGAUGACAUUCGAGCAGGCCGAGAAGGUGCCGUUCAAUCCGUUCGAUCUUACCAAGGUGUGGCCACAGAGUGAGUUCCCGCUUAUUCCAGUCGGUCGUAUGGUGCUUGAUCGCAACCCGAGCAACUACUUCGCCGAAGUUGAGCAGGCGGCGUUCGCCCCGUCGCAUCUGGUGCCCGGCAUUGAACCGUCCCCGGACAAGAUGCUCCAGGCCCGUCUCUUCUCGUACGCCGAUACUCACCGCCAUCGUGUCGGUGCGAACUAUCUGAUGCUGCCGGUGAACUGUCCAUACCGGGUGGCCACCCGCAACUACCAGCGCGACGGUCCGAUGAACAGCACCGACAACCAGGCCGGAGCACCGAACUAUUUCCCGAACUCGUUCAACGGCCCCGAAACGUGCCCAUUCGCUCACAAGCUGCAAAACUCGCCCUGGAAGGUGUCGGGCGAUGUGGAGCGCAUCGAGACGGCCGACGAGGACAAUUUCUCCCAGGCGACCGUGUUCUAUCGGCGCGUGCUGGAUGACGCUAGCCGCCGCCGGUUGAUCAACAACAUCGUCGGUCACCUGCGCAACGCUUCGCCAUUCCUGCAGGAGCGUGCGGUGAAGAACUUUGCGAUGGUCGAUGCCGAUUUCGGCCGCCAGCUGACCGAGGGACUGAAGCUUAAAAAAAACGCUAGCCUGUAAGAUGGUAGGCAAAGCGCGGGUAUGAUGUAAGGUUUUUCUAAAGCUUAAACCGCGGGAAUGUUAAUAGCCGCAUUGUAUGGCACACGGUCGGGAACUGUUUCGCAAAUAUAUUCUUUUUCAUGUCAUCACAAUCCACACGCCCAAUGGGAGCAAUCACAUUCUAUAGCGAGACAUUGAUGAUCACGUUUUUGUUAUUUUUGUAAUCUAUUUCAAUAAAGUUAAUACAUAAAGCGCA